AUGAAUUGCUCUAACGAAUUGAAUGUUAUUAAUCUCAUAAUUUCUCUGAUAAAAAAUAAUAAGGUUAAUGAUGAUUUAUUAAGUGUAAAAAAUUUAUAUACGUUAAUAAAAACAAAUACGGUUCCUAUAUCUUUAAAAUUAUAUAAUGAGAAACAAAAUAUAUUUGUAAGCAUAUGUACUAUUCUGUGUAAUAAAUUAAAAGUAUACUUAUAUAAUAUAUUAUUCAAUAGUACAGAAGACGAAGAAGAAGAUGAGGAAAAAAAAAAAAAAAAAAAAUUUAUAAAAAAGAAUUCAUUUUUAUGUAAUCAAGAUUAUGUUGACAAUUAUUCUUUCAAUUAUUCUGUCGAUUAUGAUAUAUGUAAUAAUAUACCAAAAUCAUUUGUAACUAUAGAAUUUUUUUUAAAAAAUCUUACUUUGUGUUUUAAACAUAUUAAUGAUAAUGAAGAUAAAGAUAAAGACAUACAUAAAAAUAAGGAUGUUAUAUUCCUUACAUGUAUUAAUAAUAUAUCCAUAUUAUUAAAUAUAUUUCAAAAUAAUGAUAGGAAGAAUGAUAAAAUAUGUAAUGAACAUUUUUUUCUUAUAAUAAUAAAAUAUAUAAAAUAUUUAUUUCUUCAUAUAUAUAAUAACCAAAAUAUAUACAAUGAUAAAAAUAAUAAAGAAGUUUUCUAUUCUUGUCUAACAUCUAUAAUUAAAAAUUUAUUAGAAAAUAUAAUAAAACAAAAUAAAAAAAUUAAAUAUAAAACCUUAAAGUUAUUUUAUUUAAUACAUCAAAAAAUUCAAGAUAUAUAUAUAAUAGAUAUAUUAUUUAAUAGACUCUCCUUAUAUUUAUUUCUUCUAUAUAAAACGUGUGAACAAUUAACAAAUAUAACCAAUUUUAUACUCAAAAUAUUUGUUAUCUCAUCUAAUCAAAUACUUUUAUAUUAUUAUAAUAAAAAUAAAAUAUUAAAUGAUAAUAAAGAAAUCGAUGAAAGGACACCUAACAAUUGUGCUCAUAUUAAUGUGUAUUAUAAAAAAUAUAAGUUCUUCUUACAAGAAAAUAAAAAAAAAAUAUACAACUCUUUAUUAACCUUGGAAGGAAAGCAAAAUGUAGAUAAUCAUGAUAAUACAAAGAAUCUAUAUAUAUAUAUAAAUAAACAAAAUAAUAAAAAUUAUGAGAAUCAUAAAAUAGAACAUACACAUAUUAUAGAUAAUAACAACAACUUGAUACAACAAUACAAUCAUGUAAAUAAAUUAAAUUAUAAUCCACAUAAUUUAUCAAAUAUUUAUUUUUUCUCUUAUUAUAUACUAACUAAUUAUAAUAAAAAUAUAAAAGAUAUAUUUCCAUUAUGUAAAGUUAUUAUAGAGCAUUACCCUUUUUUAAAUAAAAAUCUUGUACUUAUGAGUUUCAUUUUUAUACUAUCAGAAAUGUUUUAUGAUAAUAAUGAACAUUGGUUAUAUCACUUGAAUCUCCUAUAUGAAAAUGGGAUCACCAAUUAUUUAGAAAACUGUGAUAUAAGUGCAGACGACGUGCAAAAUGUCACACGUAUGUUGAACGAUCAAAUCAAUGACAAUAAUAAUAAUAAUAGUAAUAAUAGUAAUAAUUUUAAUAAUAAUUGUCAUUAUAAUAAUUGUAAUUAUAAUAAUAAUGAUCAUCAUCCUUAUGAUCACACAUUUAAUCAUCUUAAAAACGUAAAAAUAAAAAUACCACAACAUGAGCACCAAAAAUAUAUCAACCAAAAUAAAUUGGCACCUCUUUAUAAUGACUUGUCUUUUAUUUUUAAUCAUUUAAUAAAAAUGAUAAAAGAAGAUGAUCAAAAUAAUAAUUAUAUUAUAAAUAAUAUAGAAAACUAUUCAGUGGAAUCCUUAAAUUAUUACAUUGAAAAUUAUUAUUUCAAAUAUAUGUUUAAUAUUUUUUUAUUUAAAAAGAAAGAAAAUAAAUAUAUUCUCAAAUAUUUAAAAGGUUAUAUCUAUUAUAGAUAUAUAUUCAAUGUGAUAAAUCAUAAUUCAUCUCCUGAACAUUUUAAUAUCUUCAAUUAUAUAGUAGAUUUAUAUAUAGUCUCCAAUUUUAAUUGUAUACAAAAUGAAAGUGUUCUUCUUUCAUCAUCUACACAAAAAAAUAUUUUAAGUGACAAUAAUAUUAUAUAUUCUCUAGACUUUUUUGUUCAACCACAUAAUACAAACAGUUAUGAUAAUCUUAAAGAAAAUGUGCAACUGACUAAUGUGUUUAAUCAAGAGAAUGAAAGGACUUCCUUAUCCUUUGAAAAAUUUAAAAACAUAAAGGAAGCUUUUAAAAAUGAAAACAUCACGCUUAUCAACGAGGUCAGCAUGUUCUCUCUUCUUUUUAUAGAACAAAAUAUAAUAGACAACUUCAUAGAUGAUGUUAUUUUAUCUGCAUGGAAUGACCUUGAAAGAAAUAAAAAAAUAAAAGAUCAUGUGAAUUAUAAAACAGAUACGUCAGAACAUAUGAACAACAAAUCAUCUUAUAAUUUUAUAAAAAAGUGGUGGGAAGAUAAUUACUACUCUGUUGAUAAUAAGGACACAAAUAAAAUAAAAAUAAAAAAUGAUAAAAAAGAUGAUGAAAAAAAUGAUGAAAAAAAUGAUGAAAAAAAUGAUGAAAAAAAUGAUGAAAAAAAUGAUGAAAAAAAUGAUGAAAAAAAUGAUGAAAAAAAUGAUGAAAAAGAUGAAGAAAAAGAGAAAUAUAUAUUAAAAUAUAAAUACUUGCAUUUCCUCAAUUAUUAUUUGGACUCCUUAAUUCUUAUGACUUAUAUCUACCUUCAAAUAAAUAUAAGAAAAAUUAAUAAGGAAUCUAUAAAUUUUGAAGUUUAUUCUAAUUCGGAUAUAGACAAUAACAAAAAAAGUGAUACUACUACUCAUAGGAGUGAUAGUACUAAUAACAAAAAAAUAAUAAAUUAUUAUAUUAAAGCUAUACAACACGAUAUAAUGAAACAUAUCUUAAAUGAAUAUUAUCCUAUGCUUAAUAAUUAUUUUAGCUUAGCUAUACUAAUCAAAAGAAUUCACGACAAAAGAAAUAUUAAAAAGGUGAUAGAGAAAAUAAUGCUUUUUCUUAGUUCUAAUAAAGUAAAAAAAAAUUAUAAUAAUUUAAAAAAAGAGAAUAUACAAAACAAUACAAAUCAUGAAUAUAUGAAAUAUUAUACAACACUUAUAAUUAUUUGUUUAAAUAAAGCUUUCUAUAUAUCAUAUUUAUGUAUGUAUCAUGAUCUAAUAGAAAAAAUCUUCAUCAAAAAUUUUGUUUAUUUACUCUUAAAAAUUAAUAAUGCAUGCAAUUAUAAUAAAGAACUAGCCAAAUAUACUAUAAUAAAUAUAUAUUAUUAUAUGAAGCAAAACAAAACAAAACAAAAAAUUAAAAAUAUAAAAAAUGACACACAAAUAAAGCAAGUGUAUAAUUAUAAUGUUUAUGAUAAUGAACACAUAAAAGAAAAAAAUAAAAAUAAAUAUAAAAAUAAUAAUAUUUUAUCAACAAAUGAAAAUUCUUAUCCUAUUAAUAAUAUACAGCAACAUCAAAUAAAGCACAUAAUUAAUUAUCAUCAUGAUGUUUUGUCUUCAUAUAUUUAUAAAAAAAUUAUUAAUAUAGAUUCAUUUAAGAAUGCCACAAAAAUAUUACAGUUAACACAGUUCCUAGUUCAAUAUGAUUAUUAUACUUAUAUAUACAAAGAUGUAUGUCUUAAUAUUAUUAAAUAUACUAAGCAAACUCAUUUUUCUUUUCAAAGUAAAGAAAUUAAAAAUGAUCUAUAUUUCUUAAUCCUACAGUUGUUUAAUUGCAUUCUUUAUUUAUAUUAUAAAUAUAUUAAUCACAACAGGAUAUAUAUAUCUGAUCAAAAUCAAUAUUUUGAAUAUAUAAAAGAAUAUAUCUUAAAGGGAUAUAUCCAUAUAAACCUUCAGCAUCUCUCUCAAAAAAAAAAAAAAAAUCAACAACACCUCGAUUCAUCGAGAAAUACAAAUGAUGUUGUAAUUAAAAAGAUUAAUAAUGAUAAUAAUAAUAUAAACAAAGAACUUAAUAAUAAUAAUAAUGAUAAUCCUUAUAUUAUUAAGACUGUUCAAAAAAAUCAUUCAACUAUAUUCCAUCCAAUUGAAGAAGAGAAAAAAAAAUUAUGCUUACAAAAUUACAUUUUAUUUAAAUUAUAUGAAGAUAUAUUUAAUCAAGAUUAUAAAAAAAUUAUAAACAACGAAAAUAUAAAGAAAACAAAUGAAUAUAAAAUUAAAGAUCUUAUAAAUAAUUAUAUAAAUAACCUAAACAAACAUAUAAAUAAAACAAAAAUUGUAAAUCUACUUAUUGAUGAUGAUUUCUAUGAUUUAAAUGAUCAAUCAAAAGAUAUAAAACACAAUAACAUAAAUAAUGCUAAAAAUUUAGAUGAUAAUAAUUAUUUUAAGCAUUACAAUCAAAACAAUUAUAUGUCUUAUAAAGACAUUCGAUAUACAACAUCUCACAUAUUUCUAUUUGCAAAGGUUUUCCUUUGUAGUGAAAACUUGUAUUUACGUUUCAGUGCUCAUCUUUGCAUCCUCAGAUGCCUCUAUAUUUUUUCCACCAGACUUUAUGAGCUCUACCCUAAGAUUCAUCAGAUAUGGGAAUAUAUGAAGAUAAAUUUUUAUAAAAACUCAUAUAUGAAUGAUAUCCUUGUUUUGAAAAUAAUAAAUUAUAUAAUAACAAUAGAUGACAAAUUUUCAGUGGACAGAAUUAUAAAUGAUAUGUUCCCCCAAAUAUUCGAUAGACUAAAAACAUUCGAAACGAAUAAAGAAAUAUGUAAACAGAGUUAUGAAUACAAAUUUUUACAGACCACCUUACUAUUUUUUUUAAACAUUUCAAGACAAGAACAAUAUUUCGAAAAAACUCAUUCCGAUAUAUUUUUUUUCUGCUUAAAAUGUCUCAAUAAAAUAAUGAAUGAAGAAAUAAGAAAGAUAUCUUUAAAUAUAAUAUGUAAUUUAUAUCUUAAUGAUAUCCCUAAGAUAAAGAAAGGUAUUGAUAGUAUCAUAUGUAUCAAGGAAAGGAUUAACUUCUUACACGAUGAUAAAAAAUAUAUUACUGAUAAUAUAUUUAUCAAAGAAAAUGUAAACGAUAUAGAAAUAAUAAAUGGAUUAAAUUCUUUAUCAUGUAUAUUAAAUAUAAUAACUGUAAAGGAAAUUAUUUCUUUAAUAAUUCAUAUAGAUAUUAGUUCUCUUCAUUUUCUUAUCUUUUAUAUGUCUAUAUUAAAUGAGCAAUAUAAAUAUAAAUGUAGAUUCAAUCAACACACUCUCAUAGUGUUUGAUCAUUUUAAGGGUUAA